CUUUAUUUGUAGAGUUACUUAGUGGCUGUCAGUCCAGUCAGUGAGGGACUUCUAGUUUUUCUUUAGAAGCAGACGCGACUGGCCGAUCGCGCCGUUUUCACCGAAACGCAACAGAUCGACAGGCUGGGCUCUCGCACUUAUACCAACAAGUAGACAGCAAUCGUUAAGACACGCGAGGCAGCUAUCAGCGCGCUCCGCGCGGAGGAGCCCGACUACAUCCUUCGCGCGCAAGCAGCUGCGGAAGGCGACCUACCAGCAGCGUGCCCAGCUCCGGGCGCAGGCGCUGGUCCAGACCAGGGUCCUGGGGGCUCCGGCUCGGGUUCGGACUCUGGCUCAGGCUCGGGCACAGGUGACGGUGAGCGGACUCCGGGGCGCCGGGGUGCAGCGGGCCCGACGCAAGGCCCGACCAAGGCCCGACGCAGCCGGCAGACUGAGCGCUCGCCGCACCGGCGCAGCCCCAGCAGCAGCAGCAGCAGCAGCAGCAGCGGCAGCAGCAGCAGCAGCGACAGCAGCAGCUGCAACAGCGACAGCGACAGCGACGGCAAGGACGACGGCCGGGGCCAGCAGGUGUAUCUCCGCGGCUGCGGCCACUGCGGCCGGGACGGCCAUCAGUGGCGGACCUGCCGCAAGCUCACGGAGCUGUCUGCGGCCAAGCGCAACGCCCGGGAGGCGCAGCUGGAGCAGCGGGGGGGGGUUGUUGCCGGGCGGCGCCGCGCGGGCCGGGCGUCGCCCUAUAUGGCUCCUGCGGCGGCCGUCGCCGCCGCGGACGCCCCGCCUGUUCAGGCGCCGGCGGCGGAUCCCCCGCAGGCAGCACCUGACGAAGAUCUGGAGGACACAGUUCUGGCGCGUAGCGCGGCGCUGGCGGAGGCCGCAGCGCUGCAAGAGUGGCUUGAUACUGGCUGACGCAGCCGCAGACCUCUCAUGGUGAUGGGACGUGCUGCGGAGCGACUCCAGCGUGUGGCAUGGGGCUCACCGCUGCACGGUAGCGGAUUUGGAAUUGGUACGGGGGGAGUUUGAGGCGGAGCUGGCCGGCAAGGUCCUGUGGGCUUUCCCGCCGACAGCGCUGAUCGGCCAGGUCCUGGAGACGCUGGCGGCAGCGGCAGCAAUCAGCAGCAGCACUCGGGCCACAGUGGUGGUGCCGCACUGGCCGCAGCAGCCAUGAUUCCGCCGCUGGGCGGGGGGCAGCAGGGGUAAAGGCAGCAGGGUGUUUAAGGUGGCGGAGGUGAUCGAAGCAGGGCGCAUGGUUUGCCUAUGGCCUUGGGGGAAGGUGGCCGAUCCCGCCCCGUACGACCUGCUGUACGUACUCCGUAUGAACUGACUCGCCUUGCCCGCUGUGAGCAGAGCACGUGGCGCGCGGCGUCCUCGGCUGCGCGGCGUGCGCGAGGCCCUGCAGCGCCGCCGACUUGUGCUGUGACACCUGCGCCCGGCGGCACCGGCGCUGCGCAGGCGUGCCAGCCACCGCCUACCCCAGCGGGCUUUUCCGCUGUGCGCGCUGUAUCCUGACGGCGGCGGGCGUUAGGCCGGCGACGGUGCCCGCAGGGGCGCUGUCGCUGGCCGGCAACUUGGUCGCGUUAGCGGGGAGCUCGGUCGCCGCGAGCUCGGCAGUCACAUACGCCACGGCGCGGCGCCGCAUCGUCAAGUUCGGCAGCAAGGAGCUCGGGUUGGCGGAGGAUGCUGUGCUGCCGCGGGCGCCGGGGCUGGACCUCAACCCCACCGUCGUGUGCUUGUGGCUAGCGCACGACGGGCGUCGCCUGGCCCUCAGCACGUGGGAGGGGACGAUCAGCGCGUUGGCAGACUGGCAGCGUUCCAAGGGCAUCAGCGGAGACAGGCUCAUCAGCCACGGUGACGGGGACCCGCUCUUCGUACCGCUGGUCGGGCGGGUGCGGGGAACGGCAACGCCGCGGGCGUGGUUCACACCCCGGUUACGGGGGCUGCUGCUGCAACUGGCAGCGCACCAGGAGAGGACCGUGGACGUGGCGAGCUACACAGCCCACAGCCUGCGGCGGGGGGCGCGACGGCGGCCGCGGUGGCGCUGGAAGACAUCAGGGAGCAGGGGCGUUGGCGCUCGGACGCUGUUCUGGAGUACAUCAAGAAGCCAGCUCGGGUGCGGCAGCAGGUAGUAGCGCGUAUGUGAGGAUCGGGUUGGGGGGAGGUUUCUGCUUGGCGGCAAACGGGAAGCUGCCGGGCAGACCCGCAGCCGCAGCCAGGUGGAGGGCUGCGGCAGGGCCAAGGCGCGAGCAGCGCGCAAUAGGUCAGCUAGGCCCUAUUUCUCCCCCUACUUUCAUUUGCCGACUCCCGGGCUGGGACCACUGUGACGGUGCGUGACGUUGAGCAAU